UGUUGAAACAUCAUAAUCUGUUCUGCUGCUGUCGUGCAAUAUUUUGAUCAUGUGAUCAAUGACAGCGAAGGUGACAAAGAUGGUGAAACCGGUCUAGUCUGUGUAAGGUCAAUCGGAAGUUCAGGAGGCAAAUACCAAGUGUACAGGAAUCUAAUAAUGUCUACUGUCAGCAAGACUAUGCUGGACUCUCCGAUGGUCUCGACGAUGGUGAUCGGGGCUGCAGGAGCGGCGACAGGGGUCGUUCUUGCUCGCCACUUCCCCGGCACCUUCGCGACGUUCCCGCCCCUCUGGAGUAUUUCCCCUGUCGGGAAUGGCGCUGUGUGCGGGCUAGUGGUGGGCUGUGUCGGCUGGAACCUCCGGACAUGGUGCAGGGUCCUGUCCCUCAAGGUUCUCCUCAAGUACAGGGGAUGGAUGUACUCACCGCGCAGCAGAAUCACCAAGGUGUGGCUUUACCUGGUUGACAAGGUGAUGGGGAAGGGACCAUACUCGUUGUUUGAGUUCCAGAGUGUAUUACCUCCGUUGCCAGUGCCAGAUCUUGCUGCAACCUGCACAAAGUAUCUUGAUGUUGCCAGACCGUUGCUGUCACCAGAAGAGUACGACAGGACUGAGGAAGCGCUGCGACUUCUACAGGAGAAGGAAGGAAAACCUCUACAGAAAUAUCUAAUCAGAAGGUCAUGGAAAAAUAGGAGCUGGUUGAUAGAAUGGUGGAUUGAAAACAUAUACCUGAAGAACAGAGAGCCGUUACCAGAGAAUUCUAAUUACUACUUCCUUGAUGGUUUGGAGCUGCAAGCGUCCUGUCAACUUUCACGGGCAGCAACCAUCAUCUACAACCUGUUAAAAUUUAGAGAGUUGGUGUCCAGUGAAAAGCUCCAGGGUGUUUUCUUUCAAACUAGAGUUCCUAUGUGCAUGGAUGGCUACAGAUACCUGUUUGGAACUUGCCGUAUCCCUUGUGUGGAGAAAGACUACUUGGUAACAGAUCACCACACAAAGCACAUUGUUAUUAUCAGGAAAGGAUGUUACUUCUCUAUGGAUGUCUAUACCUAUGACGAAGGUACUCUGCAGCAGCUCUCACCUGCUGAGAUCAAGGAACAACUUAGGAUCAUCUGUGAAACAGCUGAUGCACAAGAUAGCAAUGGCCUGGCCAACAGUCUUGCCUCGAUCACAUCUCAACACAGAACAGUGUGGGCUAAGCAACGUCAAGUACUGCUGGAGUCAGAACAAAAUGCAGAGUCUCUGGAGAUCAUUGAGACAGCAAUUACUGUCAUCUCUUUGGACACUGUUUCCCCACAGGACCUUAGUGAACAGGCCAAGCUGGUUAUGAUGGGGGAUGGAACCAACAGGUGGUAUGACAAGUCCAUGACAAUUGUGGUCUUUCCCAACGGUAAAGCAGGAGCCACAGUGGAGCACUCAUUCAUGGAUGCAACGAUAUUCUCCCGAGCCUGGGAAUAUGUACUUUCCCAUGAGCAGUACAAGAACGGGCAGGUGCCUCCUGAACAGUGUGCCUGGUGGAGGAAACUUGCCCCGCCCAAACAGCUGCAGUGGAACCUGAAUGGGUUUGCCGCUGCAUUAGAAGGAGCAAAGACACACAUACAAAAGACUAUCCAGGACAUAGACUUGGUGGUUGUAGGCUCCGACUAUGGCAAAGGCUGGAUAAAACAACAGAGGGUUAGCCCGGAUAGUUUCUUGCAGAUGGCUUUGCAGCUGGCCUAUUAUCGGCUGCAUGAAGAGACACCAAAGACGUAUGAAUCUGCAACUACCAGGAUGUUUGCCCUGGGAAGAACAGAAACCAUCCGGUCUGUGUCAGAUCACUCUGUCAAGUGGGUCAAAUCCAUGGACAGGGAAGAUGUCACCCCAGAGGAGAAGGUGUCUCUACUGAAGAAGGCUAUCCAGUACCAGACUGACUACAAGGUCGCUGCUGUGAACGGGAGAGGUGUUGACAGACAUCUCCUUGGUCUGUAUCUAGCUGCACAGGACAUGGGCUAUCCACUGCCCCAGUUCUUCAACACAAAGGCUUGGAAAAUGAGAGACAAGCUAUCAACAUCACAAGCACCUGCCAAGUUCACGCGGGAGUGGAAGCUACAGACCUGUACUGUAGGAUAUGGAUUCGGGCCUUCACACAUGGAAGGUUACUCUGUGUCAUACAUGGUCAUUGGGGAGGACUUAGUGAACUUCCACAUAUGCACCAGGAAACACUGCACAGCCACCAUGUCUGAAAAGAUGGGAGCAGCCAUCAAGCAGGCCAUGACUGACAUGAAGGCACUGAUGGAGGGAAAAUAGCAACAAGAGAGCAAUAGAAAAUUAAUUGAUAGGAUAAUCAGAGAGUUUUUGUUUGCAUCUGUUUGCUGAUUAUCUAUUUUGUUGUUGUGACAAUCUAGUUGAAUCUUUGUCUAAAGUCUUAAAGGAGUCUCAAGAUUAACUCUUGGUCAGUCUUUCUUGUGGUCUUAUGUUGGGCCAUGUGCAAUGUAGGCAUCUACACCUGAGCUCACAGGGUCCCAAAAUGUUAUAUCUCUUUGUUUGCACUGCCCUAGACCAAGUCUAACAACCAUGAUUGAUUAUGUCUUUCUCUAUUGGAAGUACAUUUACUGUCAAACUUACUUGCAGUGAAGCUUGAUGAAAUAAAUGUUGAUGUCCUGAAGAUCAUCAGUUGAG